AUGACAGGGGUGGAGGGAAAGAACAACUGUGGGUGUGAGAAAAUAACAUGUCACUAUGACGAUGGUCGGGACUGCACUAAGCCCGAUCACAAGGGCUCCAAUCCGUGCUGUGAACCCGGAUGUGAAAACUGCAAGAAGAACUGCGCAGAAAGUGGUGGCGGCAAGCAGUGCAAAUGUCGCCUAGUUCGCUGUGCUUGCGCGGAGAAUUGUUACGGCAAAGACGGCGACGAUAACGAGUGUCAGGGUAAAAAUAAAAAAUGUCCGCGCUGUGAGAUCAAAUGUAAAGAUCAAAAACUGGGUGCUAUGUGUAUAUGUGCUAACUGUAACUGUGGAUGCGGGUACGGACUUUGUAACUGCUGUCCUUGGUGUAAGCGUAACAGUUGUACUGGCAAGUGCGGUGGCUACGUCAUCGGCAAGUGCGAUGGCCCAAGCAAAGAAGAAUGCAAGGGACACUACCCAUACCACGGCGAGAAUAAAACCAGUUCACAUCCUGGCCAAUGCGAAAAAAGUUGUCGCGCCUUUGCCAAAUUCCGCGAUGCCAACGGUAAUUGCAUCGCUUACUGCAAAGACUGCAGCAAAUUAUGUGCGAAACAUGUAUGUUACCGCUUUGGCGCCAUUGCCAUUCCCGUCGUUGGGAUUCUAAUAGGCAUCUUCAUUGCCUGGAACCUGUAUCCUGGUCCAUUCCGCAAGGUGUUCUAUUGGCUACGUGCUGCAUUUGUUAACUCGUUUAAAGGUUCCGGCACAUCCACGAAUCUUGCCGGUGGAAGGACUCACGAGGAGAUGGACGCUGAUGAAUACUCCGCCUUCCCGUUCAAGGGCCUACUGUAG